AUUGGUGCUAUGUGGGAUGGUAAUGUAGACUGUAUAUACAGUUUAUGGGUGGCAAGUGGAGCUGCCUGGCUGUAACCACCCAGGGCCACCCCCCUGGCUCCACCACUGUCAGAUGGUACGAUCCUUUGAGCGUCGUCACACACGAGUGGUAGCACUGCGUGUACAGCGUUCAGUCAGUGCAAGUAGUAGCACUGGGGCAUCCAGUGGUUCCGUCCUCUUUUAAUUAACAAAACUAUAAAUCAAAGAUUAAAAGUAGUAGUCUGCCGGGGUGAGCCGGCUCCCAUCGUUCACACAAAGGAGCCGUCUACUAGAACCGACUCGCUCGCUACCGACACAUCACCAAGAAGAAGGAGCUCAGCAAACCGACACGUUAGCCAACAGUAACAACAGAAAGUCUCUUAGUAUCCAGUUUUCUACUCCGCUCUGCUCUGACCAGUCAUCUGUGGAACAUGUCGAGACUCCAAGGUUUGAAGGUUUUUAUCAACCAGCGGCUAACUGCGGCAGUGGAGGAGGUCAUUAGCCGUUUAGAGAAAGUAAUAAUGGAGUAUGAAGAUGAGAUGGAGUGCCGCCAUCGCAGGCUGCUGAACUCUGCUUCAAAACCUGAGGAUGAGCAGAAGAGAGCAGAUGUCCAGCAGCAGCUGGUGAUUAAAGAAGAGGUUCUGUCUGAGCAGCAGGAGUGGAGCCCCAGGCAAGACCAGGAGGACCCAGAGCACCCACACAUUAAGGAGGAAAAACAGGAUUUCUGGACCAGUCAGGAGAUCAGGAGUCAGCUGCAAGGAGUGCAUGAUGGCAAUAUCACAAAGUUCCCAUCCACACAAGUCCCUGUGAAGAGUGAAGAGGAGGAGAAAUCUCAGUCCUCACAGCUUUAUCAGAGACUGGCUCCAGCCAGCAGCUCUGCCCAACCAGAACCAGAACCAGACAGGAGCUCAGCAUCUGGUUUUAAACAUCAAUCUAAAUCUGUUGACAAGACCUCACACUCUUCAGAAGCUGAGACUGAGGACAGUGACGACGACUGGAAGGAGAUCAGAAAACCUCAGACAGAUUUAAAUACUGUAAAAAAUAAAGUUCCUGUCAAUGAUAUAGGACGUAAUACCAGCAUUAAAUCGUUCAGCUGCUCAAAAUGUGAUAAAAGAUUUGGCCAGAAGCACCAUCUGCAGACACACAUGAGAUGUCAUACUGGAGAGAAACCCUUCAGUUGCUCUCUUUGUGGUAAAAGAUUUACUCAGAAGGGAAAUCUGACACAACACCUGACAGUCCACACACGGGAGAAGCCCUGCAGUUGUCCUGUUUGUGGGGAAAGAUUUUCACAAAAAGGAAAUUUGACACAACACAUGACAGUCCACACAAGGGAAAAACUUUGUUGGUGAGAGACUGGCAGAGAAUUCUUAAAGGACAGAAGUACGCAGUGAACAAAUUAUCACUUUGUUACCAUCCAAUCCAGGGUAACAGUUUAGACAUGCCACUGCCACAACAUAAGGCCGAGUUGUUCUGGGAGUUACUGGUUCAUAUGUUCCCUGUUUUUGUCUUAAAUACCAACUUAUGUCUCGGGAUGAGGUCCUUUCAAAUCUUACAAAGUUUACAUUUCAACAUUUGCAGUUACUACCAUACUAACUCCAACUCAAAAAAGUAAUUAUAUCUGACACAUUCAGUAAACAGCUAUAAGACUUCAAAUGUUGAUAUAUGAAUCAGGGAUUCAGUGGGAGAUUCUUAAGUUGUUUACAUUUUCAGCUUUGUAAAAUAAUGUUAAAUGACCAAGCAAGAUCAUACAUCAUAUAAUGUAAACAAUUUGUAAUGGCUAAUUACUUGUUAUUUACUUGAGAGCCACAGCUUACAGUGAAAAUAUUGUUUACCAGACUGAAGCCCCGCAUGCACUGUAAGGCUUAAAGUAUGUGGAAACCUGAAUAUUAAACCCAUAUGAGAUAGUUAACCAUGUAAAUCCAAAACCAUGGGCCUGACCAGAAGUACAUAAAGUAUAUGGACAGAAUAGUCUACUCACUAUAGAGUGUAAAUCAUAUAAUCAAACACCUUUGCAAGUGUUCCAUGUGACUCUGCUAGUCAGUAGGACAAAUGAUGACAUGGAGGUCCUGACUGGUCUGCACUUCUCUGACUGUCACCUGAAAAAAUACUUAUUUACUACGUGGAUUAAUAUAACACAUUGUUUUAUAAGGAGCUGGUUGAUAUUACCAGAAAUCCAUCCAUUAUCUUUACCCCUUAUCCUUAAGGGUCACAAGGCCUGGAGCCAGUGCCAGUUGACACUGGGUCAAGGGGCAGGGUACACCCUGGACAGAUAUUACCUGAGACCAGUGUCAUAAUUUACUGUCACAUUUACCCUCAGUAAUGAAAGGAUGUCAUUAAAUACACAUGUGCACCUGAAUCUCUCACAGAGGAGCACUUUUCAAUUUUGUGUACUGAAGCAAACACAGACAAUCGUGGAUUUGAAUAACAUGUAUCUUAUUUUAGAACACUGACACUAAACCAAGAAAAUCAUAGUAAAAGGGACUUUGUUUCACAUCUCCUGGCUGUAAGAAUGAGUCAUAAUUAGAUUUGAAUAACACUUACGGCUUUUGUUAUUCCAUCUGCUAGGUGUCUGAUAGAAUGACUGAUUGAACUUCAUAGUGACAUUAUUGCAUGCUUCUGUCAGCCUUCACAUUAUAGUCAGGAACAGAACAUUAGUAACUCUCUCUCAUCACUACACACACAAACAUCUCACAGAGAGCUACCUAAGGAGCUGAUGUAUGUGAAGUAGGCGUACAUCAGGGUAUCUUUUGGUCUAGAGGGAGGGGUGGGUUCAGGGAUUUUUUUUAUGUUGUAUGUUGAAAAACCAAUAAAGAGAAUGUGAAAUAUUUGUGAAGUUGCUAUGCAAAUAAACACAGACACAACAAACUUGUAUCUGCCAUGUGAAUAAAUUGAUCAAAUCACUUUAUAAAAGGAAAAUGUUGAGCAUUCCACCAGCAGCACAGUGUUUUAUUUAUUAUGCAAAACUAUGUAACUUUUGCUGAGCAGUGACAACAGCAGCUGAACACUGGCUUAUUUACACUC